AAGUUAUCUAUCACCAGUUAAUCGAUUAUGAUAGAAAAUUCAACUAGUCGAAGAAUGAUGUUUGCUUCUAUCCUUGAGGCCCCAAACAUUUCAUUAUCUUUCAAGAACUAGAUUCGGCGAAAUGUUCAAACGAAUAAACUUUGAAUAAAUUAUUAAUUCUCAUUGACAGUUCAACGAUUAUUAUGACUAUCACAAAAACCCACCCAUGCCGUGUUUCCAUAAUCUGAGAAGAAGUCAGCCACAGCCUCCAACCACCCCCAUCUCAAUCCGGGCUGAAUCAUGACGAUAAUCGAAAAACCCACGAUUGGUAAGAAGAAAAAGAGAAAAAAAAAGAUGUCGAAGAAGAGGACUAAGGAACUGGAGAAAGCUCGUUUGUCCGCUGCUGCCGAUGAAGCAGCUGCAGUGGGAGACAAGCUGGUCAAACAGAUGUACGAAGAGAUUCGUCUAGAAAAAUAUAACUCCGUAAAAGAAGUACAGGAAGAAGCGGAAGCGAUGGAGAUAAGAAAAGAACAGCUUCAAGUAACGUGGUACGUCCUAUACGAUAACAAUAGGGCAUUUGUGGAUUACCAAUUGGACAACAAAGAAGCAGAGGCUUGGAAUCAAUAUAUGAGAUGUGACGGUCUACCAGAUCCUGGUAUCGUGUCUGAUUUAAAUACCUACUUGUUCCUUUGGACUCUCGACGAUCACACGGCGAAUAUAGAAACAGCAGCUAAAAAGUCUGAGGAGAUCAUCUACCUCCUGAACAAACUGGAAAAUAUCAUCUAUUAUUCUGCGAUGAACCCUAAAGAAUAUAUCGACGAAUGUGUAGAGAUUAGACAAAAAUUUAGAGACAAGCUACAAAUGUGGUUAGACCUCGCGACGUAUCGUCUCCUCCGUCAAAUCGAACAGAGUAUGAUAAGAGAGGAUUUGAGAAACGUGCGAUUCGUUAAAAAAUCUAAGCAAUUAACGUGCUGCUUAUGGGCUUUGAUAAAACUACCGAUCAGCAUCAAGCAACUAACAGAAAGAGAUCGAAAACCAGUUGAGGUUGUAUUCGAUGAGAUAAAUUUAACGAUAAAAAUGCCUAUGGAUGUUGAUUGUUACUGCAUGGCCAUAAGGGGGAUGUGGGUUAACUAUGACCAUUAUUCCGACCAAACGUUAUCGUUCAACGCGCCAGAAUUACCGGAUAAAUAUCAGGGAACAUCAGAUUUGCUGAGUUAUUGCCAAAAUGAGUACGACACGAAAAGAAAAAUUCGAGAGGAACAGGCUGAGGGUCGUCGUCUUAGACUCGAGGAAAAAAGGCUAAUGGCGGAAAAAUUGACCCAUCCACCACCGCCAAUCUCACAAUUGGAACAGAAAAAGGCGAAGGGACAGGCAGGGCAUUUUGGGCGCGGUAAAAAAAAUGAGCCGGAACCGGAAGCAGAACCAGAACCGCUACCUUAUUUGCCAACGCCGGACGAAAUAAUUCUGGUUAACGAUGAGGAGCUGAGAAAAGAGAUAAGAAAACUGCUGUUCACCAGAUGCGAAAAGACAGAACUGAAUCUAAGGAAAUACGUGAUUCUGGGCGGAGCGAUUCACAUCGAUUUAGUGUAUCAACCAGCACAACCAAAGGAUAUGAGGAGAGAAAUCCUCAUCACCGCAUUGCAAAUUCCCAAGGAACUGAGGUAUGUUCCUUUUAUGAAGCCGUAUGAUCCGCUCCCUCCGGCUGCACAGGAUGCGGAAAGACCGCCGGAAAUCAUCGAGGCGGAAAUGAAGGCUUUGGAAGAAGCUAUGGAGGCAUUAGCGUUAAUUACUUUGAAAAUCCCGGACACGGUUUUGUGGUUUGAACCACCUCUGGUGGCACAUUGGCUCCCUGAUAAAAAAAUAUGGUCAACCAAGGACGUUCAUGAUAUAAAAUAUAACGAGGAACAACAGAUAAUCACGUUCCGAACCGGGCGGCUUGGUAUACACGGUCUGGCAGGUUUCAGAUAUAUUAAUCUACCCUUCCAAAGUUGGGAAAUGAAACCAGAAUCCGGCAAAGAAAAUGGUGGUGGUGUAAUACUCUCGAUUACUGCAGCCAUAGUUCAAGUGGAAUUUAUCGUCCGGGAAGACCUCGUGUGCCUUCGAUCCUUGGUCGGAGGAACGAGCUCUGCCCUUCAAGAAAUUGUCGGCGAAUACAUGAAACUUCAUUUUUUGAUACAGAAAAUGCGAGCUAGUGGAUGCGACCUUUUUCCAGACCAAGACGCUCGGAGUUAUAUGAAAGGUUUACCAGGAAAACAUCCCGUCGUAGAAAAGCACCUGCAAUCUUGCAUGGGCCUUCUUUGCACCGCUUAUCUGUUCGGUUGGUCCAGAUGGAACGCUAGUUCUCCUCCGCGUGAAAUUGUUCUGCAGUUCAAAGAAGUUCACGGAUGCGUUGCGACGCAGCAAUCGAAUCUGAUGCUUCUGGUCACUCCGCUUGAGACAACUCUUGUCGAUUGUACUGAGGUCAGUCCUGAAUUCAGCCGCAAACGAAUGCCGGAUCAGGAGAACCAGUUUCACGCUGAUCUGUACCACAUGGCGUUGCACAACGCUGGAAUAAAAAGCCGAAUGUUAAUGAAAAACGUUUCAUUCAAACUCGCCAAUACAGUUACUCAGCUUAUGCAAAGAACAAGUGUUAUAAGUACGUCUUCGUAACGUCGUCGUAGGUCUUUAAUCGAUAUAUGAAUUUAUUUUAUGCAUCUGCGCGAAGGUGAGCGAAAAAUAAUAAUGUACAACAUCCGACAGGUUCGGCCUCUAGGCAAUAGUUUUCUGCAAAAAGUUGUUAUAGAAUAGAUAUACAAAAAAUUACCAAGUUAUUCCAAUUUUGAAUAGAUAAUCAGGUAUACUAUUUAAUAAAUGUGUUGUUGUUCAAA